UAUAGUGUUUCGAGCCGACGAUAUUAAUAGUAGUACGGUUUAUAUUGAAUAAAAAAAUUAAAAAAAAACAAAAACAAAAAUCUUAUCUCUCUAGCCAAAUAAUGCCAUUUUGCAUUGAAAGAAUUGAUAUAAGCUCAUCCUCUGUGAUAAUGCUAACUGCUUAAAGCCGUCCCACUUACAGAGAAUGAUGAACACCACGACGACAUUACAACGUCAUAAUUAAUUAUCACAGAACAAAUCUUAACGUUAACAGUGUACAGGUGUCGUGUCGUCUCCGGCCUAUAAUAACUUCAUCCUCUUCUCUAUAUUUUGAUUCCCUUUUCAGUUUUCAUAUUAAUUCUUUUAAGCAAACUACUACAGUAAUAAUAUACCUGAAAAGUGUCUGCUUUUAUUGUAUUUUGUGUAUAAAGAAGAAAGAAUUUUGAUUAAAAGCAUCAUCUGAACUGAAGCAACCGUAAAAGCUGCAAAAGCAAAACCCCAAAAACUCUGCUUCUAAGAAACAGAUUUAAUACUUACAUUGUUAGUAUAAAUAUUAGGAGUUUAGUUCCGGUGAUAAAUGAGUUGAUCGGAAAAUCUAUAAUUUGGUCGGAAAAUCAAGAAUGAUGGGUUUAUCGGUAAUGCUAGUGUUUGGAGGGGUGGUGUUGCAUUGUUUGGUGAUGACGUCAUUUGCCGCCAAUGUGACGUAUGAUCACCGGGCGUUGGUCAUUGACGGCCAGCGUAGAGUUCUGAUCUCCGGCUCCAUACAUUACCCUCGCAGUACUCCUGAUAUGUGGCCAGACCUUAUACAGAAAUCUAAAGAUGGAGGAUUGGAUGUAAUAGAGACAUAUGUUUUCUGGAACAUACAUGAACCUGUUAGAAAUCAGUAUGAUUUUGAAGGAAGGAAAGAUUUGGUUAAAUUUGUGAAGUUGGUGGGGAAAGCUGGCUUAUAUGCUCAUAUAAGGAUUGGGCCUUAUGUUUGUGCAGAAUGGAACUAUGGUGGGUUUCCUCUUUGGUUGCAUUUCAUUCCUGGAGUUGAAUUUCGAACUGAUAAUGAACCAUUCAAGGCAGAAAUGAAGCGAUUUACAGCCAAAAUUGUUGACAUGAUCAAGCAAGAAAAUCUUUAUGCAUCCCAAGGGGGACCGGUUAUUUUGUCUCAGAUAGAAAAUGAAUAUGGCAAUGGUGAUAUUGAGUCUCGUUAUGGUCCUCGUGCCAAACCUUAUGUCAACUGGGCAGCAAAAAUGGCUACAUCGUUGGAUACAGGAGUGCCAUGGGUUAUGUGCCAGCAACCAGAUGCCCCUGAUCCCAUAAUAAACACUUGCAAUGGAUUCUAUUGUGACCAAUUCAAGCAGAAUUCUGAUAAGACACCCAAGAUGUGGACGGAGAAUUGGACUGGAUGGUUUCUUUCUUUUGGUGGUGCUGUCCCUUACAGACCUGUGGAAGACAUUGCUUUUGCUGUGGCUCGAUUUUUCCAGCGAGGUGGAACCUUUCAGAAUUAUUACAUGUACCACGGGGGAACUAACUUCGGCCGGACCAGUGGUGGACCCUUUAUUUCAACUAGCUAUGACUAUGAUGCUCCUUUAGAUGAGUACGGCCUUAUAAGACAACCAAAGUGGGGUCACUUGAAAGAUCUCCAUAAAGCCAUAAAGCUGUGCGAGGCUGCAAUGGUGGCAACUGAUCCAACUAUCACUUCUCCAGGCUCUAACAUAGAGGUCAGUGUUUAUAAAACUGGAUCGGUGUGUGCUGCAUUUCUUGCCAAUGUGGGUACGCAGUCUGAUGCAGCCGUGACUUUCAAUGGAAAUUCAUAUCAUUUGCCUCCUUGGUCCGUGAGCAUCUUACCUGAUUGCAAAAAUGUGGCAUUUAGUACUGCAAAGAUUAACUCGAUGUCAACAAUCUCAAAGUUUGUUACUCAGUCUACGGAAGCUGAUGGUUCUGGCGCAUCCUUGUCAGGUUGGACUUGGGUUAAUGAGCCUGUAGGUAUCUCAAGUGAUAACGCGUUCACAAAAACGGGUUUGAUGGAGCAGAUAAAUACUACAGCAGAUAAAAGUGAUUAUCUUUGGUACUCUCUGAGUGUUAAUGUAAAAAAUGAUGAGCCUUUCCUUCAAGAUGGAUCUCAAACAGUACUUCAUGUGGAAUCACUUGGCCAUGUUCUUCAUGCUUUCAUUAACGGAAAGCUAUCAGGAAGUGGGAAAGGAAACAGUGGAAAUUCUAAAGUUACAAUUGAUGUUCCUGUCACCCUUGUACCUGGAGAAAACAAAAUCGACCUGUUGAGUGUGACCGUGGGGCUUCAGAACUAUGGAGCAUUCUUUGAUCUUAAGGGAGCAGGUAUUACCGGUCCUGUGCAAUUGAAAGGCUUCAAAAAUGGCUCUACUAUUGAUCUUUCGUCAAAGCAAUGGACAUAUCAGGUUGGAUUGAAAGGAGAAGAACUGGGGUUAUCUGAUGGAAGUUCUUCGCUUUGGAAGUCACAAUCUGCAUUGCCUACAAACCAACCAUUAAUUUGGUAUAAGGCAAGUUUUGAUGCCCCUGCUGGAGAUACCCCUCUUUCACUAGAUUUUACUGGAAUGGGAAAGGGUGAGGCAUGGGUGAAUGGACAAAGCAUUGGUCGAUUUUGGCCUACCAAUACUGCAUCAAAUGGAGGUUGUACUGACUCCUGCAAUUAUAGAGGAUCUUACAAUUCUAACAAAUGUCUCAAAAAUUGUGGAAAACCAUCCCAGCUGCUAUACCACGUUCCUCGUUCAUGGCUGCAAUCCACCGGAAAUGUCAUAGUGUUGUUUGAGGAAAUGGGCGGGAAUCCAACAAAGCUAUCUUUUGCAACAAGAGAGACAAGUAGUAUAUGCUCACGAGUUUCAGNGUGUAGUGUUGGAGUUUCAAUAGAUGUAUUUGGUGAUCCAUGUAUAGGAGUCACAAAAAGUUUAGCCGUAGAAGCUUCCUGUUCGUGAUGCAUCAUAGAACUGUUGGACUAGGCGAAAGCCUCUUACUACGUAAGUGUAGAAGUGGUAGAAGGUCAGAUAAACUACAAUAAAUUUCAACUUCAGGAAGAUAUUUUAUGUUCCCUAUACUUCUUAGAGAAAAAGAGCACUUUGGCUUC